AUGGCGAUGCCUCGCGUAUUCCUCGCGCGUCACGGCGAGACGGAAUGGUCCAUCUCGGGACAGCACACCGGCCGCUCCGACAUCCCGCUCACACCGCACGGCGAAGAGGUGAUGCGCCAGCUCGCGCCCAGCAUCGUCGGCGUCGGCAACGGCAAGCUCAUCGACCCCACCAAGCUCAACCACAUCUUUGUCAGCCCGAGGACGCGCUCGCAGCGCACGCUCCAGAUCAUGCUCGACCACAUCCCCGCCAGUGAGCGCGAGCACAUCCCACAGGUAGAGAUCCUCCAGGACUGCCGCGAGUGGGACUACGGCGCCUACGAGGGCCUCAAGACCGAUCAGAUUCGAGAAAAGCAUCCCGGCUGGGAUAUUUGGACCGAAGGCACGCCGGACCACCCCGAGCGUCCCGACGAGCUGCCCGGAGAGUCGGCACAGCACAUGAGCGACCGCAUCGACUCGGUCAUCGCCAAGAUCCGCGAGCUCCAGUCCGGGCACGUCGACAAGCGCAACCAGGGCCACGACGUCGGUGCCAAGACGUGCGACGUGCUGCUCGUCUGCCACGGCCACUUCAACCGUGUCUUUAUCGCACGCUGGCUGGGGCUUCCGCUCACCAACGGCCGUCUGUUUGAGAUGGAUGCGGGAGGCAUGGUGGUGUUGGGCUAUGCGCACCACAACUUUGCCGAGCCCACCAUCGCAGGAAUGUUCUCGUCCAAGACCGGGCCCAAGGGCGAUGUUGAGGGCGCACCCGGCUCCGCAGGCUCGGCCAAGCACGACGAGUCGCAGUACCUCGAGCUCGUCUCGCGCAUCAUCUCGACGGGCGAGGCGCGGUCCGACCGCACGGGUACGGGCACCGUUGCGCUGUUUGCACCGCAGCUGCUGCGCUUCGACCUCGCGGACGGCACGCUGCCGCUGCUCACCACCAAGCGCGUCUUCUUCCGCGGCGUGCUCGAGGAGCUGCUCUGGUUCGUGGCGGGCAAGACCGACUCCAAGCUGCUCACGGACAAGGGCGUGCACAUCUGGGACGGCAACGGCUCGCGCGAGUUUCUGGAUUCACGCGGCCUGCACCAUCGUCGCGAGGGCGAUCUCGGCCCCGUGUACGGCUUCCAGUGGCGUCACUUUGGCGCCGAGUACAAGGACUGCGAUGCCGACUAUACGGGGCAGGGGGUGGACCAGCUGCGCCAGGUGAUCGACAAGAUCAAAAACAAUCCUACCGACCGACGCAUCCUCCUCAGCGCGUGGAAUCCGCGCGACCUCGAGCUCAUGGCGCUGCCGCCGUGCCAUAUGUUCUGCCAGUUCUACGUGUCCAACCUGGACGCGCACGCGCGCGGCGAGGGCAAGAAGCAGCUCUCGUGCCAAAUGUACCAGCGCUCGUGCGAUCUCGGGCUGGGCGUGCCGUUCAACAUCGCGAGCUACGCGCUGCUCACCUACAUGGUCGCAAAGGUGACCGACUGCGAGCCCAAGGAACUCAUCCUCUCCAUGGGCGACGCACACGUGUACAAGGACCACAUCGAGCCCCUCAAAGUCCAGCUCGAACGCCAGCCUCUGCCCUUCCCCAAACUCAACUUCAAGCGCCACAUCACCGACAUCGACGACUUUACCUACGACGACUUUGAAGUCCUAGGCUACAAGUGCCACCCCAAAAUCGACAUGAAGAUGAGCGUCUAG